AUGCCUUCGAUACAAAACCUCCUCUCGCGCUCUUCCAUCGCCUCAGUCUCGCACUCACUAAUCAAGCGAGUCAAAAUAUCAACCAACAAGAACAGCCCUCAAGCUCUCAAAGACUCACUGAAGCAAGAUCCAUGGGGUAAAUCAGGAAAAUAUGCGCUCGGCUGGGUAUACUUCUGCGUUGUGCUGUUCGUAUUCACGUUUGGGCUACAUUGGUACCAUUACUGGAACGACAAGAUCGGGCGAGCGACAUACAAGGAGGAGAUUGCAAAAUCGUCAAAAACCUCUUCACCGGACACAGAUUAUGAGCUAGCAAACAUGCCGACCAACUGCUCACACCGAAGAUUCUUUCCAAGAGAGGGUGAUCUCAAGCAGCAUACCACCACCACUACAUAUACAGAGGAGGAAUCAACGCUGUCAUUUGGACCUCUCAACAAAAUGAUUGCUUUGGUCCGCUUCCUUGUCUACAGACCGUUGCCAAUCAUCCGAUACUACAAGAAACGGGAGUUCAGCUUUCCCGGGGUUGGCGCUAUUAUUGUGAUCUUCGCUGCCACAGCGUUCGUCACACUAUACACCUUCCUUCCCAAACCUCUCUACUACGCUACUAUCGCCUUCGGCUCCCCUCCCCUAGCAAUCAGAGCUGGCAUGCUCGCAGUUGCUAUGAUGCCAUGGAUUAUCGCCCUCAGCAUGAAGUCGAACGCAAUCUCAUGGAUGACGGGUAUUGGACAUGAAAGACUCAACGUGCUUCACCGAUGGGGCGCCUACAUCAUGCUUUUCCUCAGUUUGGUCCACACAAUACCCUUCUACGUCACACCUAUCUGGGAUCAAGGAGGCUUACAGACUUUCAAGAACCUAUUUCAACAGCAAUUCUACAUAUAUGGUACGGGCCUGGCGGCUCUAGUACCUUUGUGUGUGCUUUGUAUCCAUUCACUGCCGUUCUUGAGAUCAUGGGCGUACGAGCUCUUUGUGACGCUGCAUGUUCCCAUAUCGAUCGUGUACCUGGGAAUGCUCUUUUGGCACUGCCACAACUACCUUACAUCCUGGAAUUAUCUUUGGGCCACAGUUGGCAUCUGGCUUGCAUCUUGGCUCACUCGUUUCUUCUACUUCAACUGGACGAAUCCUCGGCGGAUGUCAUGGCUCAUUGGAGAAGAGUCAGCCAUCUCCAUACUGCCGGAGAAUGCUGUAAAAGUGACAAUAGCGACUGAAAUGAAGUGGAGACCGGGUCAAUACGUAUACAUCAGAAUGCCUGGAAUCUCAGUCUUCGAGAGCCAUCCAUUCACCAUCGCAUCAUUAUGCAGUGAAGACUUCCCAUCAGAAUACGGUGAGAAUUACAAAGAUAUGGCGCUUGUCUUCCGGCCGUUUGGAGGGUUUACGCGCAAGGUGCUGGAUCGGGCCCUUGUAGAUGGUCCAGAGAAGACAUACCGAGCAUUCAUUGACGGACCGUACGGUGGUAUGCGCAGAGACAUUGCGUCAUUUGAUACUGUCGUCUUCUUCGCCGGUGGCAGCGGUAUUACAGCGAUCGUCUCACAGCUCCUCAACCUCAUCAAGAAAAUGCGGGACAAUAAGGCAAUGACCACAAAGAUUCAUGUCAUCUGGGCCCUAAAGCGACCCGAGACGAUGGAGUGGUUCAAGGAAGAGCUCAGGAUAUGUAAAGAAUUUGCACCUCCUGAAUCGGUUCAUUGCCAAUUCUACGUCACUGCUGCAAAGCGUAUACUCCCAGGCCAGCAGAAGAUCCCUCCGUCGCCAAGUCGUCCCCUUCAGGACGCCAUUCACAAACAGAUCGACCAUACUUUCCAAGGCAUAGCAUCGAAGCGCAACUCUGCCCUUAUCACGGAGGCAGCAGGAGGAGAUCCAGAGAAAGAGAAGAACCUCAAAGAAGAAAAUGAAGACUCAAUAUCCGGACUCCCUCAUCCUACCUUCCUCCCGCAGCCGAAGAAGGCGCAUAUGAAGCACAAGCCCAACCUCUCCCUGACCACAAACCUAAAGGUGCCUGAAGCUAGAGAUUCGGGUGUCAAUGGCUUUGACUUUGGGUUUCCCUCGACGCCCACCAUGCUUCAGAAGAACAUCAUGCGAUUUGCAUUCCUCCCCUCUAUGAACCCAAAGAAGAGCAGUUGGAGCACAGAAUAUGGGCGACCAGAUAUACCCUACAUGCUGAAGGAUCUUGAGCGCGAUUUCGGAAAGAAGACAUGCGUCUUCGUCUGCGGGCCACCGAGUAUGCGUGUGGAUGUGCAGAAAUGCGUCGCCAAUCUGCAGACAACCGUUUGGUCGAAGGGGAGGGAAGAGAUCUACCUACAUACCGAGAACUAUGCAUUAUGA